CCCCGGCCGCGGCGCCCCGCCCUGCGCUCGGGCGGCUAGGCGGCGGCUCGGCGGCGGACUGUCCGGCGGAGGGCCGGCGCUGGCAGCAGGUGGGCGGGGUGCGGGCGGCGGCGGGGGCGGGCCGGGGGUUGCCCGCAACGCUGGGGCCCGCGCGGCGGCCGUGCGUGCGGGCGCGCCAUGGACUUCAACAUGAAGAAGCUGGCGUCGGACGCGGGCAUCUUCUUCACCCGGGCGGUGCAGUUCACGGAGGAGAAGUUUGGACAGGCCGAGAAGACCGAGCUUGAUGCCCACUUUGAAAACCUUCUGGCGCGGGCAGACAGCACCAAGAACUGGACGGAGAGGAUCCUGAGGCAGACAGAGGUGCUACUGCAGCCCAACCCUAGUGCCCGAGUGGAGGAGUUCCUAUAUGAGAAGCUGGACAGAAAGGUCCCCUCACGAGUCACCAACGGGGAGCUGCUGGCUCAGUACAUGGCGGAGGCGGCCAGCGAACUGGGGCCCACCACUCCCUAUGGGAAGACGCUCCUCAUGGUGUCUGAAGCGGAGAAGCGCCUGGGGGCUGCGGAGAGGGAUUUCAUUCACACGGCCUCCAUCAGCUUCCUCACACCCCUGCGCAACUUCCUGGAAGGGGACUGGAAGACAAUUUCGAAGGAGCGGCGCCUCCUCCAGAACCGGCGCCUGGACCUGGAUGCCUGCAAGGCGCGUCUGAAGAAGGCCAAGGCGGCAGAAGCCAAGGCCUCGACGGUGCCUGACUUUCAGGAGACUAGACCUCGUAAUUACAUUCUCUCGGCCAGCGCCUCUGCGCUUUGGAAUGAUGAGGUGGACAAGGCUGAACAGGAGCUCCGAGUGGCCCAGACAGAGUUUGACCGGCAGGCAGAAGUGACCCGUCUCCUGCUGGAGGGGAUCAGCAGCACCCACGUGAACCACCUCCGCUGCCUGCACGAGUUCAUAAAGUCUCAGACAACCUACUACGCGCAGUGCUACCGCCACAUGCUGGACUUGCAGAAGCAGCUGGGCAGAUUUCCAGGUACCUUUGUGGGCACCACAGAGCCUGCCUCCCCGCCCCUGAGCAGCACGUCACCCACCACCGCUGCGGCCACCAUGCCUGUGGUGCCCACUGUGGCCAGCCUGGCCCCUCCGGGAGAGGCAGCACUCUGCCUGGAAGAGGUGGCCCCCUCCGCCAGUGGGACCCGCAAGGCCCGGGUGCUCUAUGACUAUGAAGCAGCCGACAGCAGUGAACUGGCCCUGCUGGCUGACGAGCUCAUCACCGUCUACAGCCUGCCUGGCAUGGACCCUGACUGGCUCAUUGGUGAGAGAGGAAACAAGAAGGGCAAGGUCCCUGUCACCUACUUGGAACUUCUCAGUUAAGCAGGCCCUGCCCAGGGCACAGCCCUACCACUUAUCUUGUCUGCUGGUGACACAGCUGCUCAGGGUGGAGAUAUGAAGCCCAUUCUGCCUAUUCCCCUGGUCAUCCAGCUGUGAAGGGAGCCCAGAGGCUGAAUGGCCCCAGGCUCCCUGCCAGCCCUGCUUCUGAUCUGUGGUUCUGGAGCCCCGGCCCUGCCUGCACUCCCCAUGCACCUCAGCCCUCCCAGCUCCCAAAGGAGGGAGGGACACUGUACUCAGCACGGAGGCAGGCCUAAGAUGCACCCCUAGGAUGCACGGGGGCACCUGUGGCAAGAAGAAAGCACCUGCCAAAGGCCAACAGCGGGACAGCAGUGAAGCAGGCAGGGCUCUGGCAGGGGACAGGGUCAGGCCCAGAGCAGCAGCUGCCCGGUGCUACCCUGUCCCUCCUGCCCAAGCAGCGCGAACCCAGUACGUGGCUGCAACUCACUUCUGCACACACUUUUUAACUGGUAUUUUUACUUCUGCCUGUCUGCUUGCUUUCUAGCCAACAGCAAAUAAUAAAUCCUUUGUGUGCAAGUU